AUGCCGCUCAUCGUUGUUACCGGCCUGCCUUCCUCGGGCAAGACCACGCGCGCCCGCCAACUAUACGCCUAUCUCGAGGAGCGCAUUGCAUCUCAGCCGAAGUCUCAAAUGCCCUCGCAGCCUCAACCACAACAUCCCCCUCAGUCGCAACCUCCAUCCCAGUCCCAAACCUCGCCGAUCCCUCCCCCCCUCUCAUCAACCCCUCAAUACCGCCUCCACUACAUCUCUGACGCGACUCUCUCCAUCUCGCGCUCCGUGUAUGACCUCUCCCCUGAGAAACUCCCUGCCCACGUGCGCUCGGCCAAUGCGUCGGAAAAGGACGCGCGCGCGGCGCUUUACGCGGCAGUCAAGCGCGUGCUGGGGCCGAAGGAUAUUGUGAUAUUGGACAGUCUGAAUUACAUCAAGGGGUGGCGGUAUCAGUUGUAUUGCGAGGCGAAGAAUGCGCGGACGCCGUCGUGUGUAUUACAGGUGGGAGGAGGGGUGGAAAAGGCUAGGGAGGUGAAUGAAAGGCGGUUGGAGAGGAGGGAAAGGAAGUUGAAGGAGCAAGGAGAGAAGAAGGAGGGAGAGGAGAAGAAGGAAGCGGCCGAGAGUGAUGAGGAGCCAUAUGAACGGUCUAAUUGGGAGAAUUUGGUCUUCCGGUAUGAGGAGCCCAACCCAAUGACGCGGUGGGAUUCACCUCUGUUCCUCCUCGCUUGGGACGAUGACGAGGCGCAGACAAGGCAGGUGUUUGACAAGAUCUGGGACGCGAUUGCUGGCGAGGGGAGGAAGCCUAUCAAACCGAACCAAUCGACCGUUCAGCGUGACAAGGAUCCGGGAGGGGAUUAUCUUUAUGUGCUGGAGCGAGAAACGCAGGAUAUUGUAAAGAAGAUUUUGGAGAGGCAGGGUGAUGAGGGAGGGGGGACAGUUGUGCUGCCGAGGAUCAAUGGUGGUGGUGCUAAUGGUGAGGGAGAGGGUGAGCUUGUGGUUCAGCUGCCGAAUAAGAAGGUUGGAUUGCCACAGCUGCAGAGGUAUAGGAGGGCGUUCGUGGCGUUGAACAGGGGUGGGAUUGGACUGGAGUUAGUGGGAAAGUUGGCUGCGGGAAGGAUACGGGAGAGCUUUGUUGGGUAUUUGAAUGAUGCGUUUGAGAAGGACGGGUAA